GAAGGAAAGCCUAAGAGUCGCAAUCUUCUGCCCAUUUACCUGGCAGUAAACCCCAUUGAUUUCAAUGGGGCUUGCUUCUGAGUAGACAUGUUUUAAAAUUGCACCGCCAGUUUCCUUACAGUGCCAGACGUCUGUCUCUGUCGCAAAAUAAUCACCUACACUACAGUAUUUGGAAAUACAAAGUCGAAACUCCACCUCCGGAGAGAGCUUCGCUACUCUCAUUGGCAGGCUGUGUUCAUCUUAAAAGAAGACACGAAGUUCUGUGUUUGUGCAGCCUGGGAAGAGGAAGAGGCGAUAUGGGGAGGUUUUGUUGGGUCCUGGUCGUCUGCGCCUGGAGUUUUGCUUUAGGAAAUGGCUGCAAUUACUCAAGCACAACCCCUGAUUUUGGAGCCCUGUACCAUGUCAAAGGAGUCAUCAACCUCCCUUACGCUGAAAUUGAAGAGCCCUUCGAAGCCUGGUAUGACCUUAACAGGAACAAGAGUCGCAUUGAGUACUACAAUGGCCAGGUGGUAACCUUACAGCUUGGAUGUGUGAAGCCAUACGGUACCAUGUUCAAGAUGACUCCAGCAACCACAGAGAAGGAGGUGAAUACUGAAAAGUGCUUCCAGAUUAAUGGCACCAAAGAAGGUCCUGUGAAGCCACAAGGUGUCUUUCCUAACCUGAAAGGUUUCAAGCCCAUAAGGGAAGAGUACUACAAAGGCCAAUACUGCAGUGUGUGGCAGAACAUCUCCUACUGGGGCAAGAAGAGGAACGUGUACACCAUGUGGGUGACUAACAGCAGUUGCGGUGUGUCGCCUGUGCACUACGAGAUGAAGGGUUACAACACUUUGCUGGGGUCGCACUAUGACAAGUAUGAAAUAGAUUACAGUGACUUUUCCAACAGCUUCCCAGCUUCCAUCUUCGACCUGAAGCCUAACGAAACAAAACUGUGUGACGAACUGCCCGGCGACUCUACAGAACACCACAUCAUGGCAAACCCCAUGGCCGAUUUUGUCGGAGGACAAGAGGACCGAGCCCACCAGGUGUUCCACCAAUACAAAAAGCGGUUUGGAAAGACCUACAACAGUGAACGGGAAAUGGAACACAGGAAGCACACAUUCACUCACAACAUGAGGUUUGUCCAUUCCAAGAACCGGGCCAACCUCCCUUUCAAGCUGGCCCUGAACCAUAUGGCUGACCUCACCCAGGAGGAGAUGGCCAUGAUGAGGGGGAAGCUGAAGAGCACAGCGCCCAACAAAGGGUUGCCUUUCCCUGAGGAGAUGUAUGUGGGCCUCAUCCUCCCAGAGAGCUUAGACUGGCGACUUUAUGGUGCAGUGACUCCGGUUAAGGACCAGGCCGUCUGUGGUUCAUGCUGGAGUUUUUCUAGCACUGGAGCUCUGGAAGGGGCUUUCUUCCUCAAGACUGGGCAGCUCAUCUCUCUGUCUCAACAAAUCCUCAUUGACUGCUCUUGGGGGUUUGGCAACUAUGCCUGUGAUGGUGGUGAGGAGUGGCAGGCAUUUGAGUGGGUCCUGAAGCACGGUGGCAUUGCCAGUACGGAGUCCUAUGGACCAUACAAAGGCCAAAAUGGCUUCUGCCAUAGCAAUGAUACUCAGCUCGUGGGCAAACUCUCAGGUUACGUCAACGUCACCUCUGGGAACAUCACAGCUCUGAAGGCUGCCAUCUACAAGCACGGUCCCGUGUCUGUCAGCAUCGACGCCUCCCACAGAACCUUCUCUUUCUACUCCAAUGGUGUCUACUAUGAGCCCAAGUGCAGAAACAAACGGGGUGAGCUGGAUCAUGCAGUCCUAGCUGUAGGUUACGGUGUCCUCCAAGGAGAGCUGUACUGGCUUGUGAAGAACUCCUGGUCCACCUACUGGGGAAAUGACGGCUACAUCCUUAUGUCCAUGAAAGACAACAAUUGUGGGGUAGCUACUGAUGCCACGUUCCCACUUAUGGCAUGAUCAGACUAUGCUGUGGAAAGCUCUUUCAGGCAAUCUCAGAGAUGAUCAAGCCCAAAUAUUUUUGCUCUGAAUCAGGACACCCACGCACCCUUCUCCACCAAAUCUCCUGGACCUUUGGCAUAUUUCUUCUGUACUGGAUUCUUUAAUCGUAUAACUGGAAGAGACUCAGGGAAUUUAAAAAAAAAUACUGUUUUUAAAUUGUAUUUAUACCAGCUCAGCUAAACUGUACGUGUCUAUAUGAGGACUUCUCCCACUGGUGGAAAAGCAGGUUAUAAAUACUUUCCUAUAUUAAAUAAAACCACAACGUCCAGUCUUCUUGCAGGGAGCACCACUGUUGGAACAGGAAUAACUUCAAAGCUGCCCUUCAAUAUUUUGUGACUCCCAAUCUCCACUAGUGCUUUCUCCAAAGAUUCUGUAACAGGCCCUUCAUUACCCAAUUUCUCAUCUGCUACCACUCAGUUUCCUUGAGCCCCUUAAAGAGAAUUGCACAAGCCAUUUUCUAGGGUCCUUUGGUGUUGGCCACUCAAUAUGAACACAUCUAUAGCUGUUAUAAUACAUCAUGGUGUAUUACCGUGCAGUAAGAGCCAGAAAUUCAGAAGGGGAUUUCCUACGGCCAUGCACAGGCCAAGGAACCAGCGCCUUCCACUCAUAUUCCAGGCUGUAGGGUUAGGGCUGGGGGAGCUGUGGCCCUCCAGAUGUUGCUGAACUGCAAAUGCCCCUCACCCCUGAACAUUGGCCUACGCUGCAGGGGCUGAUGGGAGCUGGAGUCCUACAACAUCUGGAGGGCUGCAGGUUCUCAAUCUCUGCCUAGGGUGCUGGACUAUCUGCACAUAGCAAAGGGUACUUUAGACCCACUACUGUGACCAAAAGGUAACAAACAGCAGGUCUCAGAAAAAGGUAACAAUUAGGCAGCUGUACCAGGAUGGGUGAUCAACUUGGGCAGUGGUAAAACUUGGUUCUCCGUUGUUCCUCCUCUUCUGCAGCAGCCAAUUAAAAGUAUGUACAUACUA